AGUAAAUGAGUGUGGCUGGUUUUAUUGCUCUUUUUCAUGAUGGCUCAGAAUGAUGCACCUCUAGAUUUGCUGCUAUGCUGCUGCUUUCAGAUUAGUUCACCAUCACAGCAAUGUGUUUCCCACAGUGAAAGGUGUGAGAUUGUUGUAGGUUUAAGGAUGUGAUCGCUGCAGCAUGAGAUUCUUCCCAGUGGGGUAAGAUUGGCUUGUCUGUCUCCCUAUCAGUUACUUCUGAGUCAGUGAGAUCUGGGACCACAAAUUAGUGAAAAAAACAUGGUAGGAUUACCAGAAAGGCAACAUUUUUCUGUUGCAGGAAUUAAACAGGAAAUGAAUUUUUCUCCAAUUGAUUUUAGUGUCUGAAUUUUAAAAUUCACUGGCAACACUGUUAAGUAAGAUGGUGCAAGGAGAGGAAUAUAAAAAUGCUUAGUACUGUUAGGGGCAAAUACAGCCUUCACUUUUGCUGGCAAUGCACCUGUUUUGCUGACAGAGGCUAGAGUGAGAAGGAUGUGCAGGUUAUCCCAUGUGCAGUAGAAAGCUAAAGUAUGUGCCAGGUCCCUGUGUGGCAGUACACAAGAUGUUGGGGGCACGGGGAGGCCAGUGGUAAAGCUGGAGAAUCUGCUGCUAGAUGGAUCUUCCUGUCUCCCCAAUGAGAAGGCUGUAUAGAGACUCCAUAGCAGAACUGUGGUGUGUGAGGAUUCCUCCCCUCCAUGUCAGCCCAGAGAGUUUGGACCUUAAUGAGACAGAUGGAAUCACAUUAAGAAUUCAAACCAGCGUGAAAGGACUUUUGGAUUCAGAUAUACUGUUAAAGCUGUCAUUUCACUUGCCGGUCAGUUAUCCCUCAAGCCUGCCGAAUAUCUCCAUUAAUUCAGAACAACUUACAAGGGCACAGUGUAAGGAUGUGAAAGAAAGGUUACUUGAGCAAGCCAAGAGACAUCUUUCUGAACCCAUGGUACAUGAGUUGGUCCUCUGGAUACAACAGAAUAUUAAGCACAUCAUUGGGCAAUCAGAAACUUCAGUUUGCAAUGAAAAAAGUACUUUGUCAAGAUGCAUAAAUACAGAGGAUGGUAUAUGGACUAUCCUUUUGCAUUUAGAUCACAUGAGAGCUAAGGCAAAAUAUGUCAAAACUGUGGAAAAAUGGACUUCAGAUCUAAGGCUGACUGGAAGACUGAUGUUUAUGGGCAAGAUGAUACUGAUUCUUCUGCAAGGAGACAGAACCGGCAUUAAGGAAUACUUGAUUCUUCAGAAAACCUCUAAGGUAGAUGUGGACUCAAGUGGAAAGAAAUGCAAAGAGAAAAUGAUUAGUGUACUGUGUGAAACAAAAGUACAGACAGAGCAUAAAAGGUUUCAGGCAUUUGAAGUCAAAGAAUAUUCAACUUUGGAUGAGCUACAAAAGGAAUUUGAAGCUGCAGGACUUACUGAGCUUUUCUCUGAAUUUGUGCCUGCUUUGUUAAAGUAAAUUUGUAAGAAAACAUUGGAAUCUUUGACUAUAACAGCAGUUGAUGUAAAAAGUGAGACGAUAAAAAGAAAUGUUUUUUUGGGGAACAUCUUUAAAGCUUUUCCGCAGCAAAAUGCCAAAGAAAAAGACAUCUACUUGCAAGACACACAAGGCAAUUUACAUGUUAUGAAAAGAUCAUGUUUUUGACUGUGCGUUGACUUUGACAGGAAAUGCUGAGUUAACAGCUGAACUGUUAGGUGAAAUAUGAAGGAUGGUGGAGAAAAGUCAGCAUUCCUUUUCUCUGAGAUUCAGUUAGAAUUGUAUCAUCUCCAAUUGUCCUGUAAUUAAAGUAUAUUUGUCAAGA